UGUGUUAAAAAUAUAAGGAAGAUGAAAAAACAAACUGAUUUAAUUGACAAAUGCUUCUUUACAGCGUUUCUAAUUAUGUUCCCUACUGACUGUGAAAAAAAAUUCAGUUAAAGGCUGUUUUACAAUUCCUUUCCCAUGCUUCCCUUUCUGUCACUUCUCCAUAAUUCUUGGUAUUUCAGUUAGACAGGCCCUCUUUCUAAAGCUUCCCCUUUUCCAUGGAUUCCUAUUUUUCAUGAUCUCCACUUCUUCCUCUUCACUUGUACAAACAGAGGUAGAUACAUGGGGAAAUCAGGCUGCCACUGAGACAUGCAAACCACAGGUUGGUUGUUGUUACACGAUCUGUCAGUUCUCUUUAAGUAUUUCUAAACGUCCACCGGUGGGAAAUUCAGGAGCAAAGAAGGCCUCUCUUGAAUAUUUUCUGCUGGUAGUCAUUUUGGGUUUUCUUGUUAAUGUCGAUUUUAUUUAAAUAAUUCAGGAAAUGCUGAUUUAUUUUUUGUAAAAAUGAAAAAGAAUAGAUGUUAAAAUAGAGCGACUGCUUGUCUCUGCUCAUGCUCUCACUUAGACUGCGCUGGUCCCUAGUUUCACACGGCUUCCUGUGUCUCUGUUUCCUGUUUAUCUUGCUGUCAUUUGUUUCACAUAAGUGUGAUGGUGUGAGAUGAUCGCCAUAUUUCCUCAUCUUAUCACUGACAUCCUCAAACAGCUUGCAUGCAAUUCACCUGCUCAUCCUUCGGCAGCAGACUGCUUUGACGCAGUGCAGAUGAGGCUCAUGUGGAUCUGGGUUGAUGAAUUUUAUGAUUCGAAAUUCACAAAAUUUCCAGAAUGAAAGGAACGUUUCUGAAGUUUUAAUGCAGAAGCAGUUACACGAGGCUUUCACAAGAUGCCCUGCAGGAUGUCUGUCCACACUACACACCAUGUUUUAGAUAAAGACAGAAAAUCAGGCCAAAUUUCUUUUUUUUUUAGCGUUCAAAUAAACAAUUUUUCAUUCAUAAAUGGGGAAAAUGUUCAAUAAAAUUAGUUUUCACAAACAAAAAGACAACAUUUAAAUAAUUAAAAGCACCUUUAGAUGACAGAAAAGCUUCAACACUUCUUACAGAACAUCUAAGAAAAUGCCCAUCUUGGACAUGAUGACAGAACUAUUCUAAACCGUGGCCCCCCCACCCCCUUGCCCUCCCUCUUUUCCAGCCUGUAACAUUAAAGUUGAGGCUCGCAGUGAUGAGGAGAAUGGGCUGGCCUGUGACAUGAAUGGCGAGGAGGAGGAGGAGUGCGUGGAAGACUUGCGUGUGGUCGAUUCCUCGGGGGCCAAGGUGAACGGCUCACAGCCGAGCCCCGAAGCCAAGGCCUUCUCCUCGGCUGGCGGUAUCCGGCUGCCCAACGGGAAGCUCAAGUGUGAUAUCUGUGGGAUAGUUUGCAUUGGGCCCAAUGUGUUGAUGGUGCACAAGCGAAGCCACACUGGAGAACGUCCAUUCCAGUGCAGCCAGUGUGGUGCGUCUUUCACCCAGAAGGGCAACCUGCUGCGUCACAUCAAACUCCACUCAGGAGAGAAGCCCUUCAAGUGUCAUCUGUGCAGCUACGCCUGUCGCAGGAGGGACGCCCUCACCGGACAUCUUCGUACCCACUCGGUUGGAAAACCCCACAAAUGUGCCUACUGUGGGCGGAGUUAUAAGCAACGCAGUUCUCUUGAGGAGCACAAAGAGAGAUGUCACAACUACCUGCAAUGCAUGGGACUGCAAAACAGCAUCUACACAGUAGUAAAGGAAGAAAGCAACCAGAAUGAGCAGAGGGAAGACUUAAGCCAGACGGGAUCUGACAGAGCCUUGGUGCUAGACAGAUUAGCUAAUAAUGUAGCUAAGCGUAAGAGCACUAUGCCCCAGAAGUUUGUGGGAGACAAACGUCUCUCCGAUCUGUCUUACGACGGAGCAGCAGGGGAGCUGAUCCAGCCGCAUGUCAUUGACCAGGCAAUCAACAGCGCCAUCAGCUACUUGGGGGCUGAAUCCCUCCGGCCUCUGGUCCAGACAUCCCCAGCCUCCUCAGAUGUGGGUCUCUCAUCUUUGUAUGCCCUCCACAAGCCAGCAUCAGAGAGCCACACGGGGACGGCCUUGUCUGCCAAGGACAGCGCUGCUGAGAACCUGCUGCUGCUCUCCAACUCCAAGUCCGCUUCCAGCGAGAAGGACGGCUCGCCCAGCCACAGCGGUCAGGACUCCACGGACACCGAGAGCAACAAUGAGGACCGCCCGGCUGGAGCAGCCAGCGGGCUCAUCUAUCUGACCAACCACAUCACCUCCGGGGUGAGGAACGGGGUGCUACCUCUGGUGAAGGAGGAGCAGCAGCGGCAGUACGACGCCAUCCGAGCCAACAUGGAGAUGGCCUCCGAGGGCUUUAAGGUGGUGACGUCGGACGGGGAGCAGGUAAGGGCAUACCGGUGUGAACACUGCCGCGUGCUCUUCCUGGACCACGUCAUGUACACCAUUCACAUGGGCUGCCACGGCUUCAGAGACCCCUUCGAAUGCAACCUCUGCGGUCACAGGAGUCAAGAUCGCUAUGAAUUCUCCUCUCAUAUAACCCGGGGGGAGCACCGCUACUGAGCCCCACACACAUGCACGCAGAAUCACUCACGCACACACACACACACAGACUUGGAACAUGUGUGUCUGCAAUAAAAUCUUACAUAAUGUAAAUUACUGUCCUAAUAGCCCUUUGUGUUUUUAUACAAUGUAUGCAUGUUUGUUGACCACAGAUAAAUAUAUACAGCUAUUAAAAACAUUUACUUUCAUGUCUCCAAGUGUUCAGUGGACAAGAGUAAAUGCGCCAUCGUUCAAAGCUUUUAAGUCAUGUAACGAUACAAAUGUAUAAAUCUGUAUUUUCUUUGUUUCUGUUGUUUUUAUUUCUUUGUAAAACAAGAUCAUUUCUUUUGUGUGCUGAAAAGGAACUAAAUGAAUUAUUUCUGUUGCUGUUUCAAUGAAGCCACAACCCCUGUUAACAGUGGUAUAAAAAUACAGCUAAUAAAAUCAAUCAGCUUAGGAAAAGAAAAACUUACAGCUCCUUACAAGAUGUUUACUUUUCUCUUUAACCUGUCUGGAUGAACGUUCAUUUUAUUUAUAGAAAAGAACACGCCUGUCUGUUUUUGUAUUUAUUACAGUGAUCGAUGUUUGUGGUGUAGAGUAGUAAAAGCUACAUCUGUUCAGCUCUAACAUGUGAGGGGUCCAUGGCUGCUGCUGGAGGUCGUUUUAACACAAGAAAGGGGUUUCAUGGAUAUUUUAGUUUCUAUGUUUUUACCAGGUGGCUAAUGGUGUGACUCAAAAGUGAAGAGGUUUUUUUUUUUUUUUUUUUUUGAGAUGAGCUUUAUGCUUGCAAAAUAUCAAUAAAGGAUAUUUUAUACAUUCACACAGAGCAAAGAGGUGUUUGGUUUUUGGUUGAUUAGUUAAUGUCUUUCAAUUUCACUUUACAGCGAAACUGUGGAAGCAAAUGUAUAUAAAAAAAAACACACAAUCGGAAAAUAUUCAUACUUUCCAAAAAUAAUUAAACAUUUGAGAAGCA